UUUUAGUUUUAUGGUCGGUAAAGAGUACAGUUUUUUCAGGUCAUAAUUUUUUCCCCCUUCCAUAAUAGCUGAUUCACUCAAGUCCGCCACCCUCCACCGUACCGUCAUCGUCACGCUAGAAAAAAAAAGAAAGAAAGGUAAAGAAAAAUAUUCGCGUCGCCGGAAUCCGCCGCAAGUCACCGGCGAUGAUAGCCGGAAAGCCACCGUUACAGCAAUCUCAGCUGUUUUCUUUAAAGGGAUCCGUUCUCACUCUCUCUAUUCUGACCCUAAUUUCAUUCACUUACUUCUCCUUCAAAUCCCUUCGUCCUCCUCUUCCGUUCUCCCCUCCCACUCCUCAGAUCACUCUCCUCCCUUCCUCCGCCACCGGCACCAACACCACAACUCCUUCUCAGCCUCGUAUCGUCGCCGAGAAAAAAGAAGGCAAUGUCGGCGAAGAACAAGAAGACAACGACGACGAUUUUUUUACCGAUAUUUAUCACUCUCCGAAGCUUUUCAAGUUGAAUUUCGAAGAAAUGGAGAAGAAAUUCAAGAUCUACAUUUACCCCGACGGCGAUCCGAAAACUUUCUACCAAACUCCCCGGAAACUGACCGGUAAAUACGCCAGCGAAGGUUACUUUUUCCAGAAUAUUCGCGAGAGUCGGUUUCGUACGGAAGAUCCAGAUCAAGCUCACCUCUUCUUUAUCCCAAUCUCUUGUCACAAAAUGCGCGGCAAGGGAACGUCGUAUGAGAAUAUGACAAUAAUUGUUCAGAAUUAUCUAGAUGGUUUGAUAGCUAAAUAUCCUUAUUGGAAUAGAACACUAGGUGCCGAUCAUUUCUUCGUUACUUGUCAUGAUGUCGGUGUUCGUGCAACGGAAGGGGUUCCAUUUCUUGUAAAGAACGCCAUUCGUGUUGUUUGUUCUCCGAGCUAUGAUGUUGGGUUUAUUCCACAUAAAGAUGUUGCUCUCCCUCAAGUUUUGCAGCCCUUUGCUCUUCCUGCUGGUGGAAAUGAUGUUGAAAAUAGGACGUCGCUUGGUUUUUGGGCUGGUCAUAGGAACUCGAAGAUUAGGGUGAUACUGGCUCGUGUGUGGGAGAAUGAUACUGAGCUUGACAUUUCAAAUAAUAGAAUAAGCAGGGCUACUGGACAUUUAGUGUACCAGAAGAGGUUUUAUAGAACUAAAUUCUGCAUAUGCCCUGGUGGCUCCCAGGUCAACAGUGCUCGCAUAACUGAUUCAAUCCAUUAUGGAUGUGUUCCUGUAAUAUUAUCCAACUAUUAUGACCUGCCAUUCAACGACAUUCUCGAUUGGCAAAAAUUUGCUGUCAUCCUUAGAGAGAGUGAUGUUUACCAGCUGAAGCAGAUCCUGAAGAGCAUAUCCCAUGAGGAAUUUGUUUCACUACAUAACAACUUGGUUAAGGUUCAGAAGCAUUUCCAAUGGAAUACACCCCCGGUAAAGUUCGAUGCAUUCCACAUGGUUAUUUACGAACUUUGGUUGCGCCACCAUGUAAUCAAAUACUAAAAUUUUGUUGAUUUAUUUAGCUAAUGUAAGUUCUUCUUCGCUUUUAUAUAUGUUCAAAGGUUGAUUUCUAUUUUCUAACAACCAAAAGUUUGUAUUUUAUGUGCAUAAUGCUCAAAAUUAUUAAGUCCCAAAGAUCAACUAUUUGUUUA